AUGAAUCACCUAUAUCUUGUCCUUAUUCUUCCGGCUGUUUUAGCCGUGCAACUUCACAAUCAUGUCGGAUUCAUCCGUUUCACUCAACCAGUGCCUGAUUUUCUUUCGACUCUGUCACUCAAGGCACAGUAUGACUAUAAAGUCAUUCUGGAGAACGAAACGAUUCCAUUGAAUACAAAAAGUGCAGAUUUCAAGAAAUGGGCGAACACUUACAAUGUCAUGACUCAAUACACUCAAUACGAAAUUCAACAGAACUCAACCAAAGUUCAAAUGGAGAAGAACGUCACUCAAUUGAUAUCUCAGCUAUCUCUCGUUAACUCUCAAAUUUCGAAGAUACUUGAAAACGGCUCAUUGAGUAUCAGAGAACAACGAGAGGCUGUGAACGAGCUCGCGGAGCAACAAUAUCCAAAAGUGAUUGAUUUAUCAUAG